UGCAUGUGACCGUCAAGGCGGGGCUUUCCGAGUCCGUUCCGCGUUAACAGAAAACAAACUGAACGGCAAUAAACAGCUAUCGACUGUCAACAAGGACGUUCUUUUUCAAGUUCGUGCUAAGCAAACAGUGUCACUUUCGCACGGAGCGAUUACGGCCUUUCCCUCAAUUUAGAGGCUCCGUAAAAAUGAUGCCAGCGACCAUGUCCCUGUCUGGCAAUGCCAAGAGCAUCGUAACAAGGACUUGCCAAGCUGGGCCCUGCUUGGCGCCGAGACCCGCAGCGUCAGCUGUCAAGCAUCGGAAGCUAUGCGUUCCGCGCGCCGCUAGCGCAGAGCUGGAUGAAGUCGCGUUGCUGGAGAAAGCACUCGCGCUGGCUAAAGAGCGGGUGGCCAAGGCGAAGCAGGCCCCGCCGAGCCCCGCCGGGGUGCCCGCCGGCUACGAAGGCCCCGCUUUCACCAUAAAAACUUACAACGCCAUCUCCCCUGUCGGCCUGGCGCGCUUCCCCAAGGGCAAGUACGUAGUCAGCGGCGACGAUGCCGCUUUGCCAUCUUCGCCCAUGGCGGUCAUGCUUCGUUCUCACCAGCUCAAAGCGGAGGAGGUGCCACACACGGUGCGCUGCAUCGUGCGCUGCGGAGCUGGUGUGAACAACAUUCCCGUACAGAAGAUGACGGAGCUGGGUAUUCCCGUGUUCAACACCCCCGGCGCAAAUGCUAAUGCCGUCAAGGAGCUUGUGAUAUGCGGCCUGCUGCUGGCAUCACGAGGCAUUAUCGAGGGCAACAAGCACGUGGAAAACGUCAUCUACAAGGAAGAGAAGGAGUACGAGAAGCAAGCGAAGCGGAUUGAAAAGGAUAAGGCAAUGUUCGUUGGCACGGAGAUCGAGGGCAAGACGCUGGGCGUGGUGGGCUUGGGCGCCAUUGGUGGCCGCGUGGUGAACGCUGCUCUUUCCCUGGGCAUGAAGGUGGUGGGAUUCGACCCGGUUCUUUCGCUGGAUGCUGCCUGGAAGCUGCCGGGCGACCGUAUGCAGCGAGCAAACAGCCUGGAGGAACUGCUGAAGAUUUCGGACUACAUCACUGUGCACGUGCCGUACAUCAAGGGUGCCACGCACCACAUGAUUAACGGUUCCAACUUGGAGCUGUGCAAGCCGGGCGUGCACCUGCUUAACUUCUCCCGUGCGGAGAUCAUUGAUGGCGAGGCGCUCUUGGAUAUGUACAAGAGUGGCCGCAUGACGGGCAAGUACGUAUCUGACUUUGCCGACCCUUACCUAUCGGGCCAUCCCAGGCACGUUGUCAUUCCGCACCUGGGUGCCUCCACCGAGGAGGCGGAGGACAACUCAGCCGCUAUGGCCGCCGACACCAUUAAAGACUUCCUGGAGACGGGCACCAUCCGCAACUCAGUCAACUUCCCACAGACGGUGCUUGACAAGAAACCAGGCCACAUUGGCGGGCGCCUGUGCAUUGUCAACAAGAACGAGGCAGGCGUGCUGGGCCAGAUUACAACGUUCCUGGGUACCCGCAACGUCAACAUUGAGCAGCAGAUCAACACCUCGCGUGGCGAGAUUGCCUACACGGUGCUGGACUUCGGCAAGGUUGAGGACCCCGCAGGCCUGCAGGAGGGCUUGGCCAAGUCCUGCCCCGGCAUCAUUUCGUCGCGCUUCAUUGGCAACGUGUUCGAUGACGAGCUCGGGAAGCCCGGCACCUUCUUCUACGUCAAGUGGGCGCAGGAUAGCAACAGUAACGGGGCUAAGGCUCCAGUUGCGUGAUAGCCUAAGAAGAUGCGAUUUUUGUUCCCUUAUCCGUGCUAUCAUUUGAUAGUUGGUUAAGAUAUUAUGGUUCCUCGGAACUUGGAGCGCUCUGCGUGCGUGUGCUGUUUGUUUAGGAGGGUUGUUUUGUGUCAUGUUUUGAUUGUACAACAAAGCGAGUUGUUGGGUUUAGGAAGGUCGAGGUUUGACUGGGCGGAAAAUAGUGACGUAAACGGUAAGGCAGUGAUGACCUUGGUACAGUGCCAAUACGGUUUAAACUUACGCUGGAUCAAGUUUGGGUGCAAUUUAGUACCUGUUGGAUUGUCAUAGUACGGAUGUGGAAGGAUGGGUGAACAUAGCAAACGAAGUCUGGACAGGUUGUUGGGACUGGGCAAACAAAAGCUUGGACAGAACAACGUAUCUUGCCCUGCCGGAAUAAUAGCAUGGAGUGACUGUGGAGGAAAGUGACAAAUUGUGCCAAUCCAACAACCGCUGCUGCAUGUCAUGUGAUACGCGUUUAUUACGAUCCCUGAAUUAUGAAGUGGCACGUUGGCAUACACACCCUGCCACCGCAUUAACCUGAAGAACAGUCUCAUAAAGUAUCACCAGCCGUGCCACUCAGACCAGAUCCUUGUAACAGCGUGUUUCGUUA